AUGACUGAAAAUAAUAAUAUUGAAUUAGUGCUAAAGCAACAGAGUGUGAUUGAUUCAUGUUCAGAAUGUCCAAUUAUCACUUAUGAGAUUGCGAAAAAAUUGGGUUUCGAAAAAGAUAAAAGUUUACCCAACAUUACCGAUAAAAUGGUAUCUGAUAUUGUUAAGCAAGUAUCAGGUAAAAAAAUCUGGAUCUCUCUUCACCGAUUACUGGAGAUAGUGAAGCCCGAGAUUCGACAAGAAAUUAUAAACUUGAUAGCAAACUCAGAUAUUUCCCGAAGAAAUCGUACACCAUGUAAGGCUAAAAGAAAAAAGUUAAUUUUUAAUGAUACAGCAUCUGAGACAACAUCCACAUCUGAGUCUGGGUCUAGUUCUGAAUCAUUUAGUGACGAAGAUUUUACUGUGGAUGUGGCAAAAGCAAAGAAGCGCGAUUAG